AUGAAAAAGAAAGCAUUUGUGUGCAUUUCUUCUGCGUUAUUGUGGGAAAGUAGUUGGGAGGGAUCCUUUCAUCAUGCGCAAUGUUUUUCUACAAUCUCGAGCAGGAUGACAGACACAAAGACAAAAGGUAGCAUAAGCUUGAAGGGCUCGGCUCAACUAGUACAGGAAUUUUUCCACUAUGGCAUUAACAGCAUUCUAUAUCAAAGAGGAUUAUAUCCUGGCGAUACUUUCAAAAGAGAGAAGAAGUACGGUCUAACACUGUUAGUCACAAAUGACGCUAAACUGCAACAAUUUCUUGAGCCAUUACUGAAGCAAGUUGAAUUUUGGUUGAGCAAACGAAAACUGAAGCGUUUGGUGCUGGUUAUCUCAGAAAUCAAAACAAAAGAAGUUAUGGAACGGUGGCAGUUCGAUAUUCAAACUGAAGAGAUGAAUGAGGAAGGUGAAAAUUCAACUAGGCAGAAGGAUGAGAAGAAGAUAAAGCAAGAGAUGUCUGAUGUAAUUAGACAAAUUACCGCAUCAGUGACAUUUCUCCCCCUCCUCGAAGAGCCGUGCUCCUUUGAUGUGCUAAUCUAUACUGGAAAAGAAACAGAAGCGCCCGUUGAUUGGGUCGAAAGCAGCGCAUGUCUCAUAAAGAAUAGCGAACAGGUUCAACUUCGGUCAUUCUCGACAGCAGAUAGAGAUGUGAGAGAUACUCAAAAAGGACUAUGUAUGUGUCAAAUAUCUUCAGUAAUCCUGUUCUGUGUACAACCGUCCACAAAACGAGUUUCUCAUCACGCCAGUAGUAUGCACGCACUCAUGGAAUCGCCAUCUUUUCCGCCUGCAUACCCAUGUCAUCAGCAAAAUAAUGAGCAAACGGUAAAACGUGAGAAACGAAAGUACCGUUGCCGCAAAAGAAGUCCAGCUACUAUUGAACGAGCACGUGUAGUACGGAGAGAUAAGGCGAAUGCUCGAGAGCGUCGUCGGAUGAAUAACUUGAACGAUGCCCUGGAACAUUUGAGGACAAUACUGCCAGCAGUCCCUGACGAGCCUAAAAUGACAAAAAUCGAGACGCUUCGAGUAGCGCAAGGGUACAUCAAUUUUUUGUCGUCGAUCCUGAAGGAUAUCGAUAGCGGCCCAUCCACUGCCGAAAAUACUCCUUACACAAGUCCUGCGUAUCCUGCACCGGUCUGGCAGCACACUAAUGCCGGCCAAUGA